AUGUCGUUCCCUUAUAACGGAAGAGUAACUGAACCUUCAGUUGGAAAAGACAAGUUGAGGGACUUCAGUCCGCCUAAGGAAGGCCGGCCCCCGGGCCUGGCACCCCUGCCUGCCCGCAGCCCCUCAUGCCAGAAGCUCAGCCGCGCGACUGCAGCUGCAGGCAGCCGUGGCGUCGGGGGCCGCGAUUGCUGCCAGGCGGGAGAGAAGCAGGCGGAGGCCGAGGAACCUGAACCUGUGGAAGAAUGCGUCCAGAGCACCCUGGCUGCCUUGUAUCCCCCCUUUGAAGCCACUGCCCCCACCCUGCUGAGCCAGGUUUUUGAGGUGCUCGAGCGGACGUACCAGCACGACGCCCUGCGCUACACCCUCGACUUCCUUGUUCCUGCCAAGCACAUCCUGGCUCGCAUCCAAAGCGAAGCUUGUGCCCAGUACAGCGGUUUUGUGUUCUGCCAUGAAGGUUGGCCACUGUGCCUUCGCGAUAAGAUCGUUGUGCAGCUGGGCUCCUUGCCCUGGCAACGCCUCUGCCCGGGGGACUUCUAUCUCCAAGUGGUGCCUCAUCGGGAGUGUGCCCCCCGCCUGGUGCUGAAGUGCCUCUCGCCGGAGAGCCACAGGGGGGUUCAGGAGCUUCCUGUGUCCUCCGACUCCUACCCCUUCCUUUUCACGGUUGAAUGGCUCAAUGGCAUCAACAAGGAACGCCGAGGGGGGCGCCUGGAGCGCUGCCUGCUGGCAGCUGGGGAGAAGGUCCUGAGCCUGCCCUGGUCUGAACUAGUGUACCCCCAGUUUGUGCACAAAGACGGAUUCAUUGUGGGGCAGCGCUGCCCUGCAGAUUUGACUCCAGAGGUGCUAGGGGCCCGGAGCCCUGGCGACGGACGUCACUCUGGUGGGGAAAACCGAGAGUCGGAAGGCGAAUACGUUCACCUCUUGGAGGUCAGCCCCACCGUGCACCAGCCGCCCAGGAUCCUACAGCCUUGUGGCGCACAGAUUCAGACCAUGCCUGCCCGCAAGGGACACAGCAAGACCCGGAGCCGCCGCCACCGGGCCUGGCUCCACCAUAAGUCAGGGUGUGGAGAGAACUUUGCCUUGCGUCAAGCUUUCAAAACCCAAGAGGCAGAGAGAUCCAGCCAAGGAAGUGGUACCCAGAGAGACAGGGCUGAUAAGUCAAGAGGAAGUCCUAGCCCAGUCCUGGGUCAAACAUUGGAAGCCUCUAAGGGAGUAGGGAGCGCGAGUCCUGAGGAACUAGAGCAAAAGCUAACUCCCUCUGGAACUCAGGUAAGACCAGCCAUUUUUGGUGCUGCUGGUGCUGCUGAGGACAUUGGACUAGAGAAAGCAGAGUUCCCAGGAUCUGGUCACCAAGAUCCAGUUCAUUCCAGAGAGGGUGGCAAUGGAACCCAGUCUCCAGCAUUAGCUACACCAAAACGCAGCAGUAAAGGAAACCGUAGGAAAAAGAAAGGGGCUGGGAGAGGGGCGAGAAUUAGACAAGGAGGUGAUUUGACUAGCAAAGAAACAAUGGUAUCAGCUGAUGUAAAAGAGGGUGAGAAGGAAGAAGCAGACAUUGGUUCCAAAGAACAGGAUUCUGGGGUGGGAGAAGCCAUCACUGGUACUAGAGAACAAGCAGGUGGCACUGAAGAAUGCGGUGUUGUUGGCAACUUUGAGGGUAGUGUUCCUGAGGACAGAGGUGGCAUCGCAGAGGAAAGCUCCAUUACUGGAGAGGAAGCUCUUUCUGCCAGCGAGACGGCUGCUGGCACCAGCAAAAGGAACGUUGGCACCAAAGAGACAGAGAGUGGCACAGAAAAAGGUUCUGUUGGCAAUGGCGGCAGUAACGCUGGCACUGAAGAAAAGAGCAUUGGCGGAGAAGGCCUGAGCGUUAGGACUGAAGAGCUGGCUGCUGCUGCAGCGGAGGCUAAUGAACCAAGAGCUGGCACACCGGAGCAGAGCCUUGGCAUCACGGAACAUGGGGCGGAUGGUUCCGAAGCACCGUGCGUGGGAGAACAGGGCCUCCCCGUUGGCACCGACCAACCAACACCAACGACGUUGUCAGGGGAAAAUGAACUGAGUCUUGAUGGACCAGAGGAAGCCUCAAGUGUAGCAGCUGAUCCGGGGACAGAGGAAAGACAGAACACCCCUCUCUCUGCUGGGCCUCCCCUUGGACAUUCUGUGGACUGGGGACUUCUACAAUCCGGUGUCUUUGCUCUAACAGGAGGAGUAGAUAUGGCGGGUCGCUCCUUGCUGACUGUGGUGCCUCAGCCUCUUCAAGAUGAGCUGCCUCCUGGACAAGAGGAUCUGGUCAAUACCUUGAGAUACAUGCACUCCCUACUUAGGCAAGAGCUGAAGGCCCUCGGGCUGACCCUGCUUUUGGACCUCAGCCAGGUAGAUGACUGGGUCCUCCAGGCUCCUGUGUUGCUGCCAGCUUUAAGGACAUUUCAGGAGAGUUCGGCACCCACCAUCAGUCAGCUGCUGGUGGUCCUCCCGCCUGAUGACCGCUUUGUACCUCAUGAAGAGGAGCUGGCUUUAGAACCUGCAGUGGAGGUGCUCCUUCUUUCUGUCCCUGAAUUGCCACAUUAUGUUGCCCUGGACCAGUUGACUCCAUCACUAGGUGGGACGCUAUCCUAUUCACCACUGAAAUGGGUUGCAGAACACCAGGCUCUGGAACAACUACAAGCGCUCUGCCACAGUGUCUUGCAGGCUGUACAUGAGGCUAGUGCCCACCUCAAGGAUGUGGGAUCUGCACAGAGUCAGGAGGAAGCGUCAGCACAGAUCACCUUGCACCAAGAGACAAUGAGGAAGUUGCUCUCUGAACCUCGUCUCCUGGAACUCCAGCGGCGUGGUGGGUCUUUGCUGGCACGGCUGCCCCCUCUGGGUCCCUGCAGCAUGGAAGCUGUGGCUGCCACCAGGCUUUACCAAGAGGUGGAUGAGGCCCUUCAUGGACUUGUCCAGCUCAGCAACCGUCGGCUAGAAGUGUUGCAAGAGGAGCGGGAAAUCAUGCAGGUUCAGCAGCAGACUCUGGAAGAACAGGCGUGCUUUGAAUCUGCCUGUGACGGUGGAGAAGAGAAGCGCAAAAUAAGGAGGCCGACAGAGGGCCUGGCUGAGGGGGCCUCUCUGGAGAGGACACCGUUGCAAAGCCCUAAAUCCCAAGGAAAGUUGCAGCCUUCCCCAGAGGCUUGCUGUGCCCCACGGCCUCGGGCCUGCAGCAUCAGUGCCUCUUCUUCCCCCAAGCACGGCUGGGGCCUGAGCGCCAGAUUCGGCUCCUCGUGCAGCCUGACCUCCCUCUUCCAGCCACACUCCAGCCCCAAGGCCUCUCCUUGCUGCUCCCCGACGCGAAGCAACGCUGCCUUGGAGAGUCACAAGAAGAGGCAGGGCAGCCCCAAGACGCCUUUCUCUCCCACGCCCCACAUGGCCUUGCGAGCCUCGAGCGACCCGGGCCGCCCCAGCGUGCACAUCCGUGGCCUGGAGGUGAGCAGUCGCGAACUGGCAGACAGGAGCUGCUCCCCCCGCGAACACGUGCUGUUGGGCCGCAGCGGGACUCAUGUGGCAGAAGCUCCUUGGGGAGCCACCCCCCGCAUGGAAAGAAGGCGCUGCCUUGGGGUCCAGCAGCAACUUCUGGCAGAGCUGUUGGAGUGUGAACGGGAGUACGUGGGCACCCUUUCCCAGCCCCUUUCUCUAUGCCAGGAACCUGGUGGGCAGGCCUGGCCAGCUGAGGUGAGGUGCCUGGGCAGUGCUCUCCGGACCACCCGGGAACAGUUGCUGGCCUUCCACAACGGCUGUCUCCUGAGCGAACUGGAGGGAUGCAUGAACCACCCGUCAUCUGUUGGAGGUUGUUUCCUGCGCCACGAAGAGAAGCUUCAACUUUAUGCCACCUACUCCAAAGAUCACCACAAGUUCCAGGCUGCGCUGACUUCCCUUCGUGCAGCCAGCAAGAAGGCUCCCCCGGAGCUGCGUGAAGAUGGGCCAAUUGCCUGUGCUCUGCGUGCUCCUCUGGACCAACUGGAGCGGUACCGGCGCUUCCUGGGUGAGCUGCUACGCGAAUGCGAGCUGGAGCGUGGGCCUGACCGCCAAGCCCUGCAGGAGGCCCAGCAGAUGCUGGAGGCCCAGGAGCAGCGAGGCCGGGACCUGCUGGCCACGGAGCAGAUCCGGGGCUGUGAGAUGAAACUGUCAGAACAAGGGCCACUCUUGCAGCGUGGUGAGCUCACCUUGGUAUGUGGGCGCCGUAAGUGCCAGCGGCACAUCUUCCUCUUUGAACAACUGCUGCUUUUCACCAAGUGCAAGGGAGCUGAAGGUGGCUACAUCUGCAAACAGGCCUUGCAGACAGCUUCCAUGGGGCUGACAGAGAGUGUGGGGCCUCGCGGGCUACGUUUCGAGCUGUGGUUUGGACGGGGAGCAUCCCGGCAGGCCUUCACCUUGCAGGCACCUUCUGCUGAAGUCAAGCAUCAGUGGACCAAUGUUAUAGCCCAACUGCUGUGGAAACAGGCUGCGCAUCCGGCUGUCUCUAUGAGCAUAUCGUCCUGCCCUUCCCAGCGUUUAGCCCCUCUCGGUCUGGGUCCUGGGCCCCCUCCUGGUCUGUCGUUGCCUGGCCACUUUGAGGAAGAAGAAUGGGACCUGGAUGUCAAGCCCAUUCCAAGGGUGGAGACUUCAGAGUCUGGCAGAGCAUCCCCGAGCCACCCAGAAACACUUAGGCAAGGAAGAGGAUCAUUAUCUGGCAGCAGCAGCUCUGCUCUGGGCCACCACCAGUCGAGCUCUGGCGUUGCCGGCGAACCAGUGACCCCACUCUGAGGCCAUGGCGGCCAGCGUUGGGUCUGGAGCCUGCACCGGAAGCUCUUCUCCCCAAGCAGCUAUGGAAGGGAGAACUCAGUCCCAAGAAACUCUGGGA